UCAGAGAACAUCUACCCUUACACAAAUGGAGACCUUUGGAACUAACCACACUCAAAAAAAAUCAGAAGCAUGCAGCCUGACAGUAUCUGCUGGUUUUGAAAGACAAGUAAUGAUGGAGAGAGGACGUCCGAGGAGGCGCAAUAUCUUUGAUUUUGGUGUAAAUACAAGAAAAGCAAUGGAACAUGUGAAAGAUUCUAAAUCAGGUUCCAGCGGGAUUCCAGUGAAGAUCGUCACAAAUCUUUUUGCCUUCAGAUCACCCCCAAAAUGGCGCCUGUACCAGUACCAAGUGACCUUCAUGCCGGGCAUUGAAUCAAAACGCUUACGAAUGGCACUGCUGUUCAGCCACAGUGAUCUAUUAGGAAGAAUCAGGGCAUUUGAUGGAGCCAUGUUGUUCCUUCCAAAUAAACUACAAAACCAAGUUACAAAAGUGACAAGCCUGAUGAAAGAUGGCCAAAUAGUGAAUAUAACUAUUGCUCUGACAAGUGAAUUUCCACAGGAUUCUCCCAUGUGCAUCCAGUUCUUCAAUAUCACAAUUAAAAAAGUUCUGAAAAUGCUGUCUAUGUACCAAAUUGGGCGGAACUUUUAUAAUCCAUCAACUCCAAUUCAGAUUCCUCAACAUAGGUUGAUUCUAUGGCCAGGUUUUUCGACUUCAAUCUUGAGAUAUGAGACCAAGACCUUAUUGUCUGUUGAUGUAAGCCAUAAGGUUCUACGCAGUGAAACGGUAUUAGACUUCAUGACUGAGCUAUACAACAGAAUUGGUGACCAGCAUUUCAUUGAUAGCUGUAUGAAGGAAUUAGUGGGAUUCAUUGUUCUUACAAGAUACAAUAACAAAACAUAUCGCAUUGAUGAUAUUGACUGGUCUGUGAAACCUACCAAUGUAUUCGAAAAAGCAGAUGGAACUGAAGUCACUUAUGUUGAUUAUUAUUCACAGCAAUAUGAUGUUUCCAUCACUGAUCUGAAUCAGCCAAUGCUGGUCAGCCAGUUAAAAAGUAAACAUUAUGUCAAAGAUGUGGCUCCACGUAUAGCUCACCUCAUUCCAGAAUUCUGCUUCCUCACAGGGCUAAGUAACCAGGCCCGCUCUGAUUUUCGUAUAAUGAAGGAUCUGGCUGCAGAAACACAGCUGACUCCUGAAAAAAGGCAGCAGCGACUUCAUGAACUGAUUGAUAAUAUUCAGAGAAAUACAGUAGCACGGACUGAGUUGGAAGGAUGGGGAUUACGUCUUGAUGAGCAGAUCUCAUUGGUAGGCCGUGUCCUACAGACUGAGAAAAUUCAUAUGUUUGAUCAUUCUUGCCAGCCAAUGUCACCAGUAGACUGGUCCAGGGAGACUCGAAACUCCAGGAUUAUUGGCAGUCAGCCACUUCAAGACUGGCUGAUGCUUUUCGGUCAAAGAAAUUGUGAAACUGCUGGGAAGCUUUUGGCAUGCCUUAAAAAAGUGGGACCACCAAUGGGUUUUUCAGUUGAGAAUCCAAAAAUGGUACAAGUAAAUGAAAGCCCCACAUCCUUCAUACAAGCUUUGAGGCAUCACAUCGCGAGCAGUACACAGCUGGUAUUGUGCAUCCUACCCUCAAAUCAGAAGAAUAAUUAUGACUGUAUAAAGAAAUUCUUGUGUGUAGAAAAGCCAAUUCCAAGUCAAUGUGUGGUGGCCCGUACUCUAAAUAGAGCAAAUAUGAUGAGUAUUGUCACCAAAAUUGCUUUGCAGAUGGCUUGCAAAAUAGGGGGAGAAUUGUGGAUGGUGGAGAUUCCCUUAAAGUCAUUGAUGAUCAUCGGUAUUGAUAUUAACCGUGAUGCACUCAGAAAGGGGAUAUACGUUGGAUUUGUGGCAAGUAUCAACACUACAAUCACAAAAUGGUUGUCUCGCUGUGUCUUCCAGCCUUCCAAUGUCGAAGUAGCUGAUUGUUUGAAAGUUUGCAUGAGAGGUGCUCUAAACAAAUGGCUUGAAGUGAAUCAUGUCCUACCUGGCCGCAUUGUUGUUUAUCGCGAUGGUGUAGGAGAUGGUCAACUCAUGACAUUAGUAGACUAUGAAGUGCCCCAAAUACUGGACAGCUUCAAGAUGGUUAACUCGGACUAUAGCCCCAAAGUAACAAUCGUUGUAGUUCGGAAAAAAGGUAACUGCAGAUUCUUUGCUGACGUGAACGGAAUGCUUCAAAAUCCACCAGUUGGCACUGUGAUUGACAACGAGGCAACUCGCCCUGAAUGGUAUGACUUCUUCCUAAUCAGUCAAUGUGCACGCCAAGGCACUGUUUCUCCAACAUACUACAAUGUUGUGUAUGACAACAGCAAGAUGAAACCAGACCAUGUGCAGAGAUUAACCUACAAGAUGUGUCACCUCUAUUACAACUGGCAAGGUGUGAUUCGAGUUCCAGCUCCAUGUCAGUAUGCCUUCAAACUUACAACUCUGGUGGCUCAGAACGUUCAUAGAGAGCCUGACUUAGAGUUAGCUGAUCGCCUUUUCUUCCUGUGA